AAUAAUGUAUUUAAUUGACUGACAAUUGAUUGCUAUUUGAAUAUCUCUUUAACCAAAAGUCUUAUUUUAUUUUAGUCUUUAUUAUCAAAUCCGUGACAAAUGUCUGGAGAUGACAAACGUUUGAAAGCAAUGGCAAACCAGAGUUUGACUGAAUCCGGAGAAAAGGAUCGUUUGAUACAAUUGUUACGAACAAGACUUCUGGAGUGCGGAUGGAGGGAUCAGGUGGUGAUGCAGUGUAAAGAUGUUGUUCGUGAUGUUGGCGUUGAAAAUAUUACUAUUGACCAACUGAUCCAAGAGGUGACACCUAAAGCCCGACAAUCAAUUCCCGAUUCUGUGAAACGAGAAUUGCUUCAAAAAAUUAAGACAUCAUUGACUAACCAACUGUCAGCCAAUCAUAAGUAAAUUACUAAUUCAUUAAAAGUGCCGCAUAUUUGUUGAUUCAUUAACUUUUUAAGACAAUUACUGUAUUUAUAUUAAAAAACAAUAAAUUUGUUUAUUUAAAAUCUCAUAAUAAAAAACUAAAAUUUUAGUAUUUACAGUCGGCAUCUGAUUUAAAGACUCGAAGAGAUUUAUUUGAGGAACCGUUCAUAUAAUGAAUGCAAUGACCAUUGGGUUGUCAUUCGAUGGUUUGUCUAAUGAUUACAACUAUUUGAUUACAUUUCGAUUAAUAAAAAAAUAUAAAACAAUAUCAAAUCUAUAUUAGAAAUGCAUUAUUACUGGUAGUUA